GCGCAGCAAUAUCGAUUCAGCACUAUUUGCAAUAUUUUUUGAGAUGAGUGAAAUAUAUAUAAAAAUGCAGAAAUCAAAGUGAAAAACUGUUGCCAAAGCGACAACAAAACAUGGAAAUACCGAUACAAGUGGCUGUUCGCAUUUAUCCCCACGAAGAGCUCCAAAAGAAGGCGGAACAUAAAGCGCCCGAGGAUGGCGACGCAGAAGCAGGCAAGCCGCAAUCGGAGCCGUCAUCCCCUCCCCCGUCUAGGCCUGUUCAAACCACGGAAAUAGAUGCCAAUGGCAAUAACGAGAUAGACGCCACUCAAUUGAAUACAAAUGAAACGCCAGAUUUUGACAGUGCUAGUGGCUGCUGCGUGCAGGCCAUACCAAUCGCUGUAUCGGCUCUAGGCUUACCGAGCGCAUUGCCCGGCGGCGCGGCUCUGGACAGCAUUGCAGCGGGUCUUAUACAGGUGGGCGCACACACCGUUCCCGUGACACAUGCGCUGCCCAGCAGCACUACGCAGAGCCAGGUUUAUCAUCAGACUGUGUUCCCAUUGAUCAGCCUAUUCUUGGAGGGUUUCGAUGCGUCGGUGGUUACGUAUGGACAACGCUCUACUGGUAAAACUUUCACGCUCUAUGGACAUGGUUUCGAGUGCGUCUAUGGAGAGGCGGACCAGGGCGUGGUGCAGCGCUGUGUGCGCGAGAUUUUUACACACAUUGCGGCGCACACAGAUCGCACAUAUGCUGUAAACGUGGGGUUUGUGGAGAUUUGCAAUGGCGAAAUUCGCGAUCUGUUGGGCAUGGGCAAUGUGCACUGUACUACCGUGGAAGAAGUUUUCCACUGGCUGCAGUUGGCUUUGAGCACUAAACAGCAGUCACCCGCUCACACGCUCUUUACAUUGACCCUGGAGCAGCAGUGGGUUUCGAAGGAAGGUCUGAUUCAGCAUCGUCUGUCCACGGCCAGUUUCUCGGAUCUGUGCGCUAGCGAACGCUGGGGUGAGCCGCCUCCGGGACAUCCACGCGACGCCGGACUGCAGAUGCUGGAGCAGGUGGUAAACACACUGACUGAUCCCAGCAUAAUGUACGGCGUCAAUGGCAAUAUUCCCUACGGUCAGACUACACUGACCACCCUGCUUAAGGACUCUUUUGGUGGUCGUGCUCAGACGUUAGUCAUUCUGUGUGUGUCGCCGCUGGAACAGCAUCUUGCCGAGACGCUAGGUAAUCUUCAAUUCGGAUUCAAGGUGCAGUGCGUUCGCAAUUAUGUCAUCAUGAAUACUUUUUCCGAUGACAAUACUCCGAUAUCGCCGGAGGCAUUUCCGAACGAUCCUGGAGCGGCUGGCAGUGAGGCACUUAUGGCGGCCGUGGCUUUGCCCAACGGGGACAACUUUGGACUGCAGUUCGCGGCUAGUCAGUGGUUCAAGCUGGUGUCCAAUGCAGAGGGCCUCUUUGCCAAAUUAAUGGGCUCGAAUGCAAUUACGGAGCUGGAAAAGGAACAAAUCGAGGAGUGGCUCUUUUUAAAGCAAGAGUGUGAAGAAUGCCUCAGUUCCAGUGAAGUGCUGCGCACCCAGAAGCCGCUUGUGCCCAUUCAGGAGGCGGAGGAGCCCGAGGAGUCCAUCAGUGAGCCGGAAACCUCCUGUCAGCAAAACUCGGACAAUGAAACCGACAAUGAGUCACAGCGUCCCGACCUGGCCGAGAAGCUUAACAGCCUCAUGGACGAGUUUCGCUCCAAAACGGAUGCACUUAUCCAAGCCAAGCAUGAAGAGUUUAUGCUCAAGCAGCCCAAAGCGGUCAUGCAGAGCCAGGACAAAGAUCGGGAACUGGCCGUUCAAGAGACACCCGCACAGCUUGAAAAGUGCGACGAGCGCAAGGUUAGCGUUGGUGGUCGACGUCGCAGCAUACAGCCGGGCGCCAGCUUAAGCAGCGCAGAAUUGGCAAUGCUCAAUCGCGUUGCUUCACAGCAGGCGACGGGAACUGAACUGUCACCGGAGCUCGAUCCAUUGAACAGCUCAUCGGGCGCGACCGGCGCCGCUGGCGUAAAUGCGCCCAUUGAGCAAGUGCAGAAAAAGAUGCGAAAGUUGCACGCCGAAAUCGAGGCGCGACAGCGACAGCUGAAUGAAAUCGAGCAGACUAUGCAGCUUAAGCAGAACAUUAUCAGUGAGCUGGUAAAGAACCGGGAGACGCGCAGCCAUGCCAAGCAGCGUUUUCAUAAGAAGAAGGCCAAAUUGGAUGCUGAGUGCGACAAGGCCAAAAAGCAUCUUGCCAAGGCGCUGGUGCAGGGCAAGGAUAAGUCGGAGAUUGAACGGUGGGGCGCUAUUGUAGCGCACAUUGAGCAGCGCCUGCAGGAUCUCAGCUCCAUGAAGCACAUUGCCGGCGAGAGUGGACAAAAGCUCAAGAAACUGCAGCAAUCUGUUGCGGAGUCGCGCAAACAAAUCGAGGAGGUGCAGAAAAAGCUUAAGAAGGAAUGCAAACUGCGUGAUCAGCUGGAAGCCGAACUCAAGAGCUUAAAGGAGGCAUCACUAGUCAAACUGGAGCCGAAUCCAGACCAGCUCAAGGCAGUGCAGGCUCGCAUUACCCACUUGGAUCACAUACUGCGCGAAAAGUCCGAAAAUCUUGAGCAAUGGGACGGCGGUGAAAAGUCGCCGGCCCAACAGGAAGGUCUGCGCCACGAGAUUCGAAACUUGCGUCGCACGCGCGACCAUUUGCUGGAACAGCGCUGUACGCUGGAUCGCAAGCUCAAGCGUGACAAAAUGCUGACUCAGCGCGAGGAGCGGAAGCUACUUGAGUGCGAUGAGGCCAUCAUGGCUAUUGACGAGGCUAUUGAGUUCAAAAACGAGCUAAUAUGCGGCCACAAGUCUAUCGACCUGUCCACCGAGCGACAGCAGCGGGAAAAGGGCGAACAAAUGCUGAUGGCACGACUUAACAAGCUCUCAUCGGAAGAGAUGCGCACGUUGCUCUACAAGUACUUUGUGAAAGUCAUCGACUUGAGGGACUCGUCCCGCAAACUCGAGCAGCAGCUGGUGCAGUUGGAGCGCGAGCGUGAUGCCUGGGAGUGGAAGGAACGUGUACUGUCGAACGCAGUGCGGCAGGCUAGACUUGAGGGCGAACGAAAUGCGGUGCUGCUCCAGCGCCAGCACGAGACAAAGCUCACACUUAUGCUUCGUCAUUUGGCUGCAGAGACCUCGACCAGCUCAGCCAGCUAUGGAGAGCGCGCACUGGCACCUGCUAGUGGCCAGGCCACCAGCAGCGAGUUUGACUAUGACCUGGACUUUUACAAGGCGGCCAGUAACAAGACACUGCUCAAGGCCCAACAACCUAAACCCUCGCCCGCCGUCUUGGAUAAGUACAAGGAUAAGGAGCGCAGCAGCGGGCGCAACAUCUUUGCCAAGUUCCAGGUGCUUACACGCUAUGCUUCCGCAGCCGCUGCCGCGGCAGGUUCAUCCUCGACCGCAGACGAAUCCACAGCACUGAUUGAGACAACAACCACGGCGGCAACAACUACGACCACCACAACCACAACGGCAACCACAAGCACAUCGGCUAAAGGCAAAGAGAAGGCGCUGGCCAACAUCAACCAGGAUCAGCUGAAACGUCUAAUGCCCGCACCGACGUCCACAAAGGUGACGCGACAAAAGAAUAAGAUCAUCAUACAAGACGCUACGCGCAAGAACUAAAAAUCCUACGAAUUUAGCGCAAGAGUCUCUAUUUAUACAAUGCAGUAAAAAUUGCUGAGAGAGCGGCUACUGUGCUCACCUGGGAUUGGGUGCCGAUCAAAAAAGUUGAAGAAGGAAUGGUUCUCUUUUAAAUGUGACAUGCCUCCUUCCGUCUAUCUCCGUUUCCAUUUUAGACCCGAUUUACUCAAAUACUCGUUUUUUAAAACUGUUUCAAUGUUAGAGCCGCCCAAAAACACCUCUCAGAAUGAAAGAUGUAUUGAACAAAUCGUACACAGAGACAUGUAUCAAUAGACUUAACCAUGGUUUU